GAACCUCGUAUUGUUGUGUAGAGGCUGUUGUGGAGGAUGAGGUUGGGGGAGAUUUCUCCCAUUUGAUUGAUGACGAAGAGUUUAUCAAUUUUCCAGAGAAAUCAGAGGAUUCAGACGAGUUCAUGAAUGAGAAGAAACCUAAUGUAAAGAGUGGUAAAGGGGUUCCCCCUCUACAGUAUGCGAAUAUUCCCUUGCAUCUUCGGUCUAACUGGGGGAACUACUAUCUGGAGAUAUUGAUGAUCACGGGUAUUAUUGUCUACUUCCUCAAUUUUUUCUCGGGAAAAAGUAAAAACCAGAAGAUUGCCAGUCAAUGGUUUAAUGUUCACAGAGAAAUACUGGAAUCUCAGUUCGCUCUAGUUGGAGAUGAUGGAGCCAAGAAUAUUGAAGACAUUCAAGAACCAAUUACAAAGGAAUCAGAAAACAUUUUCACUUUCUGGUGUUCUGGUAGAAUAUGCUGUGAAGGCAUGUUGGUGGAACUGAAGCUUCUAAAACGUCAAGACCUUGUCGGAGUAAUUGCAAAUGCUUUAAAGCCGGCACACGAUCAGUUACAUAUAAGAGUUGAUAUGGGUCAGGAGGAUAUGGACAACUUUAUCUUCGCAAUCGCCUCCAAAAAAUCUUCCCUCCGAUUGAGCAAGGAUAUGUACGACAUAAACACGUACUGUCCUGAGAGGCGAGGAGCAGAUAAAUACGGAGUAGCGGAGGCAGGAUCUUACUUUGUCAUGUCAGAGGUUGCAGAGGUAGCUUCAGCCAUGUUGGACUCUAAACUAGUUUCAGUUUUCAAAAAAUAUCCAGACAUCAUCGAUACUAUUCAUUUCUCAGAUCAGUACACAGGACCUAAGCCUACUGAGGACCAGCAGCCUAUGGAAUUACCUCAAGGAAAGAAAGUUCUGAUAUUUGUUUUCAACCUGACUAAUAUUACUCAGACUGGAAUAGAGGACACUCUGCCCCUGCUGCAGUUGGUAUUCUACUGCAUUGACAAGGUCAAAAAGUACAAAUUGUCCAGGGAAGCUAAGGUCAAGGCAGACAAGAAUAGAUCAAAGGUUGCUGAGAACCACUGGCGCUCGAUCCAUGCCGCUAAGGCGGAGAAAGCUGCUGAGGAGAGAGAGAGGAAGAGAAGAGAGGUCAAGGAGAGGAUAAAAGAGAUCGAGGACCCUGAGAAGCAACGUAAGAUGGAAGAGAGAGAGAACAGGAAGGACAAGAAGAAGAAUCAACCCAAGAUGAAGCAGCUCAAGGUUAAGGCCAUGUAAGGUCUUUGUCAAGACUAAGCAAGAACAGUGUCUAGAUUACUUCAUAAAGUAAUGGUUUUAAUGCUUUGUGGGAUCAAUGUUUAAGAGCUAUGUCUUGUAUUAUCAGGAUCAAUUAUGUUUUAAGUAUUUAUGAUUACUAAGCGUGUCAAGAAUCAUCGUAAAAUUAUAUUAUUCUUGUUCGUAUAUAAUUCAUAUACAGUGAGAACCAGCAAACUUCGAAAUAGAAAAACGACUUUUAACUCGAAUUAUGAUUUCAAAUUGUCCCAUGGAUAUUGUAUGAGAUACAACAAUGCAGUGUCAUAGAACAUUUCACUUUAUAAUUGAUGUUUAAGCUACUAGUAAAAGUAUCAAAUACCUUUAACUAUUCUUUUAAUGUCGUCUUCCUAUUUUAUAUGUUUUGGUUCUCUCUGUUUUAUGUUCAAUACAGUAAGAUACUGUCAAAAGACUAAGAUCCUGGACAAAUCUGUAAAAAAUAUAGAAGACUAAGAUCCUGGACAAAUCUGUAAAAAAUAUAGAAGACUAAGAUCAAAUUCGUUGGACAAAACUAUGUAUGAUUCCGGGGUCAAGACUAUAUAUAUACAUCCAUAUUAAUCAAGAUUGUCUAAAUUCGUGGUCAAUAAUAUAAAGCUUAGUUAAGACAUUAACCCUAAACCUUAUAAUUUCAUCUGACGGUAAAAUAAUUUUUCUUAUUUGUUCUGUUUUGUCUCGUCUUGUAUCUCAACUUAGGUAACUCAAUCCCGUUUGGCUCAAGUUUCAUUGUAUACUCGAAAUUCGGGCAUUUUUCAGAGUUGACAAAUUUUGUGAUUUUUGUUAGUUAUAUUUCUCCUUGAAAAAUAUACGUUGUUUCUUAUUAUAAUUUAUUGUUAAAAGUUAUUAAUGAAAUAAGAAAAAUUUAAAUAGUAUUGUUCGUUUCAGA